AUGCAAGCAUCGCCAUCCAAAGCCCGCGCUCAAGCCAUUACCUCGCACUCCUGGUCAGUCGUCCAGGCAUGGCUCGCGAGGCUCUAUCAUCCAUCACCUGUACCGGCUUUCGAACGCAAUGCCUCGACGCUCAAAGCCUUGCAGAGCCUCAUGGCGGAAAAUAUCGCCGCAGACCGAGAGCGUGAGCUACUGUUUGAUGCAAAAGCUGAAGAACUGGCGGCUGAGGAGGAGGCGGCAUGUCUACUACAACAACAACAACAACAACAACAACGACUGCAACGAGAGACCGGUGAUGAUGAGAACAGUGCGAGUUCAAUUCUUUCAUUGCUCGAGACCUCGCUCGCGUCGCCUGCACAAGCAGCUCUUGAUUCACUCACCGGCUCUGUCGUCCUCUUAGGCUGCCUCUCUCCGCCGCCGCCGCCGCCGCCGCCGCCGUCUUCCUCGUCCUCAUCAUCCACCACCCCUGGUGUCCUUCAAAUUCUCGCAUCUCAAAUCGUCAACAUCCCUCGCCAAACCUUCGCCCAAGAAUCCCAGUUCUCAUCCAUUGAAACGCUCACGGCCAAUCUCCAGAGCCAAAUUACCCAGACCCAACAAGCUCUCGCUACCUUCGUCGAGAGGACCUCGCCGUCAGCUCGCCCAGAGGACGAUACAACCCCGCCGUCAUUUCCGCCGACGACGCCUUCCUCUACUCCGCCGCCGCUGACGACGAUGACGGCGACGACAACGACUACUCCUAGCACCACGGAUUACUCGCAUCUCCGCGGCCUCACGCUCCAACACCAACGCGAGACAAAACAACUGACACUCAAAUCCGCCGAAUACAGAUCGCGGAUCGCCGCACUGGAGCGGCAGCAGCAGCUCGCAUCAUCCGCGCCGGAGGACGAGCCCAGCCUCACAGCCCUCGCCGCAAAGCAGAGCUCCCUGGGCCGCAAGAAGAAGCAGAUCGAGGCGCUGGAAAGCCGCAUCAGGCACUUCUACGGUUUGCCCCCGGACAUUGACGCGUCGCGCGCCGAGGUGCAGAGGGCACAGGCAGAGCUGGACCGUCUGAGGAGACGGAGAGACGAGUUGUUUGAGGCCAUGUAG